AAAGUUUCUCUCUAUUUAAACGCCAUGGACCUUUAUUCCAUCCCAUGCAACUCAGUGUUGAGAGAGAGAGAGAUCGAUCAACUAAAGCCUCCGAGUGCAAUGGCUCAAACCUGUGUUUCUUUUUUUUUCUUUUUAUUUAUUUUUGGUGGGUCAAUAAUGGCUGAAACCUCUGUUAAGGCAUCAAAAAAUGCAGGUGUCGGUGAGGUUGGUAGUAAAUUGAGUUGGAACAGUGUGUUCGACAUGGGUAGGUACCCGGUGAAAAGAAUUGAUGUAGAGGAAUCCAGAAAUCGAGCAUCCCCUCCAAGGCCUCUAAUGAUAGUGGCUCCCACUGAGGAGGGGGAAUACCCUGUCAUCAUUUUCUUCCAUGGCUUCAUCCUCUGCAACUCCUACUACAACCAGCUCCUUUCUCAUGUCGCUUCUCAUGGCUUUAUUGCUGUUGCCCCUCAGCUCUACCCCAUAUGGAGCAUGAAUGUCCGCCUCACAUAUGAGAUAAACUCCGCCGUCAAUGUCAUCAACUGGCUCUCCAAUGGCCUGGAAAACGCCCUCCCCACAUCUGUAACGGCCAAUCUUACCAAACUCGCCAUAGCUGGACACAGUCGUGGUGGCAAGGUUGCGUUUGCGCUUGCCCUGGGCAUUGGCGAAACACCCAACCUCAAAUACACCGCUCUCCUCGCCAUUGACCCGGUCGAAGGCACGACACCGGAAGUCCUUACUGGGUUGAACGAUUCUCUUUCCACCGGCAUACCAGUCUUGGUGGUGGGCUCGGGCCUCGGCGACAGAAUGAAAUGGUCGAUGUUCCCACCCUGCGCUCCUCCUAAAAAUAACCAUGUCAAUUUCUAUGAUGAGUGCCGGUCUCCUGCUUCCCACUUCGUGCCAUCGGAUUAUGGUCAUAUGGAUAUGUUGGAUGACCAGUUAGGUCCAGCUGGGGAAACCACGGCUUUUUUUUGCACGGCGGGUAAGAGCCGGGAACCCAUGCGACGGUUCGUGGGUGGCGCGAUGGUGGCCUUUGCCGAGGGCUACUUGGAAGGCCAGCUUCACGAUCUUUGUACUUUGCUUAUUGAGCCUGAGUCCUCCUCUCCUGUGAGCCUCGAUGUUGCAGAAACUAAGCAGAUGCCUACCUACUGUAAAUAUGUCUGUAAUUCUACAAAUUGGCAUUAUCUUUUUAUUAUUCCAAGAAUUAAUAUCCCCUGUGUGCCUUGUGAUAGAUAA